AUGGCCGGAGACCUGGGAAUGGCCGGUCUAAUUGAAGCCAAUGGAGAACUCAAGGUCUUUAUAGACCAGAAUCUUAGCCCUGGAAAAGGUGUGGUCUCCUUAGUAGCUGUUCAUCCAUCCACAGUAAACACUCUUGGAAAACAACUCCUGCCUAAAACCUUUGGACAGUCCAAUGUCAACAUUGCACAGCAAGUGGUAAUUGGUACACCUCAGAGACCUGCAGCGCCAAAUACUAUCCUGGUAGGAAGUCCACACACCCCUAACACACACUUUGUAUCACAGAACCAGGCUUCAGACUCCUCACCUUGGUCCGCUGGGAAACGCAACAGAAAAGGAGAAAAGAAUGGCAAAGGUCUGAGGCAUUUUUCAAUGAAGGUUUGUGAGAAGGUCCAGAAAAAAGGAACCACUUCAUAUAACGAAGUGGCCGACGAGUUGGUUGCGGAGUUCAGUGCUGCUGACAACCAUAUUUUACCAAAUGAAUCAGCUUAUGACCAGAAGAAUAUAAGACGACGAGUCUAUGAUGCCUUAAAUGUCCUAAUGGCCAUGAACAUUAUCUCUAAGGAGAAGAAAGAAAUCAAAUGGAUUGGUCUGCCUACUAACUCGGCUCAGGAAUGUCAGAAUUUAGAGGUAGAGAGACAGAGAAGACUUGAAAGAAUAAAACAGAAACAGUCUCAGCUUCAAGAACUUAUUCUACAGCAAAUUGCCUUCAAGAAUUUGGUACAGAGAAACCGGGAGGCAGAGCAGCAAGCCAGCCGGCCACCCCCCUCCAACUCCGUCAUCCACCUCCCGUUCAUCAUCGUGAACACCAGCAAGAAGACCGUGAUCGACUGCAGCAUUUCUAAUGACAAGUUUGAAUAUCUGUUUAAUUUUGACAACACGUUUGAAAUCCAUGAUGACAUAGAAGUAUUAAAGCGAAUGGGAAUGGCUUGUGGACUAGAAUCGGGAAACUGUUCAGCCGAAGACCUUAAAAUUGCGAGAAGUUUGGUACCUAAAGCUCUGGAACCUUAUGUGACAGAAAUGGCUCAGGGAUCAAUCAGCGGUGUAUUUGUCACAUCCUCGGGUUCAACUUCAAAUGGCACAAGGCUUUCUGCCAGUGACUUGACCAACGGGGCUGAUGGGAUGCUGGCCACGAGCUCCAAUGGUUCUCAGUACAGCGGCUCCAGGGUGGAGACUCCAGUGUCUUACGUCGGGGAAGAUGAUGACGAC